AUCGAUCCAUCCAUCCCCACCGCGCUUCCACCCCCAUCGCCGCCACUCCUCUGCUCGCCGCCACUCUUCUUCUCCGGCGUGGCCAGGAAGAGAAGGGAGGACAAGAGGAGAGGAGGGAUCCGGAUCCCGCGCAGGUGAGAGAUGGUGGCCGCGCUGCGUCUCGCGGCGGUCGCGUGGGAUUCUCCGACGGCCGUCUCCGCCUCCAGGCUCGGGAGGGAGAGGGCAUCCUUGUGCGCGGCCGCCAGGCCGGGAGGGCAAUGCUGUGCCCGGAGGGGGCUGGUGCUCCGCUGCCAGAGCGGGGGCGGGGCGGCCGCGACGGCGGCCACGCUCAAGAAGGGCGAGGCGGCGGAUGCGGCCGGGUUCACCGUCGUGAUGAAGUUCGGCGGCUCAUCGGUGUCGUCUGCCGCGCGGAUGCGGGAGAUGGCCGACCUCAUCCUCAGCUUCCCCGAGGAGAGGCCCGUCGUCGUCCUCUCCGCCAUGGGCAAGACCACCAACAACCUUCUGCUGGCCGGAGAGAAGGCGGUGAGCUGCGGCGCCCCCAAGGCGUCGGAAAUCAACGAGCUCGCUGUCAUCAAGGAGCUCCAUCUCAGGACCAUCGAUGAGCUUGGACUAGAUAGCUCCAUUGUUUCAGGUUUUUUGGACGAAUUGGAGCAACUGCUUAAGGGUGUUGCUAUGAUGAAAGAGCUGACUCUUAGGACACGAGAUUACCUUGUAUCCUUUGGUGAAUGCAUGUCUACAAGAAUAUUUGCUGCAUAUUUGAAUAAACUUGGGAAGAAGGCACGACAGUAUGAUGCUUUUGAUCUUGGCUUUAUAACCACUGACGAUUUCACAAAUGCCGAUAUUCUCGAAGCAACUUAUCCUGCUGUUGCAAAGAGGCUACAUGGAGAUUGGAUUGAUGACCCUGCUAUUCCUGUAGUGACUGGUUUCCUUGGGAAGGGAUGGAAAUCAUGUGCGGUCACAACGUUAGGAAGGGGCGGCAGUGACUUGACCGCUACAACCAUUGGCAAAGCCUUGGGGUUAAGAGAAAUCCAGGUUUGGAAGGAUGUAGACGGUGUGUUGACGUGUGAUCCAAAUAUUUAUGCAAACGCGGUACCAGUACCUUACUUGACUUUUGAUGAGGCAGCUGAACUUGCUUAUUUUGGUGCACAGGUUUUGCAUCCCCAAUCCAUGCGACCAGCUAGGGAAGGUGGUAUCCCAGUUCGAGUGAAGAACUCAUAUAACCGUCAUGCACCUGGCACUGUGAUCACUAAAACAAGAGAUAUGCGCAAGAGCAUAUUAACCAGCAUUGUCCUGAAAUCAAAUAUUACCAUGCUGGAUAUAGUGAGCACAAGGAUGCUCGGACAGUAUGGCUUUCUAGCAAAGGUCUUCUCUAUAUUUGAAGAUUUGGGUAUCUCUGUUGAUUCUGUGGCUACUAGUGAAGUCAGCAUAUCAUUGACACUGGAUCCAUCAAAACUUUGGAGUCGUGAAUUGAUCCAGCAGGUAAAAACCUGGGACCUUAUUCCACUUUUAUGUUCAGUUCUCAGCCAACAAUACUGCUUGGCACUGCCCCACUGCUGUGUUUUUUUAUCAAUGCUCCUGUUUCAUUGUUUUGUUGUGAUGAUGUGGCAGGAGCUUGAUAAUGUAGUUGAAGAACUUGAAAAGAUUGCGGUUGUUCAUCUCCUACAGCACAGAUCAAUCAUUUCCCUGAUAGGGAACGUGCAGAGAUCGUCUCUGAUUCUUGAGAAGGCGUUCAACGUUCUACGCAGAAAUGGUGUUAAUGUUCAGAUGAUUUCGCAAGGGGCGUCCAAGGUGAACAUCUCCUUGGUGGUCAAUGACAGCGAGGCGAAGCAGUGCGUGCAAGCCCUCCACUCAGCAUUCUUCGAGAACGGUUUCUUGUCAGAAGUCGAGGAAGCGGAUCUUGCACAGAACAGGGUCCCAGUCCUAGUAAGCUCUAAUGGUGCUAUCAAUGGAAACUAGUCGACGUCGCCUUUUUCUGUUUCCAGCUACGGUCGUGCCGUUCUUUGGUUUAGAUGGCGAUUCGUCCCAGAUUAUUUAGGCCACCUGAGCUGAUUCAUUGGUGUUGUAAGAGUGGUAUUAUAGUUAUCAUCGGUGUUGUAAGAAUGAGCAGUGUUAUAGUUAGCAUGAUUCUUGGAGUGCUAGCAUAUGGUAGCUAGCCCAAUCAAUGUAUGUGAUUGUGUCAGGCGUGCUACUUGCUGAACUUAACCAUUGGAGGUCUGUAGUGCACUCCUUGGGUGUCUUCUACCAUAUAGUAUGUGUAUUGUAUCCUUCUAUUUAUAUCAGCGAAUAAUUCUUGUUUUGUUUUUGAUA